GAAGAAUAAAAUGUCGUGACGUUGGAUAAUUGACAGCUUGAAAAAUAAAUAAACGCGAUAAAAAACACUCUCAAAAUGAAUGCAAACAGAUUUGAAAUAUUCCAUCAGAAGAAUUUUGUUUAUCGUGGAACUAGACUAAAUCACAUAUUUUCAUAAAAUAAGCCAAUAAUUUGAAAAAAACAAGGAAUAACUAUGUCAUUCUUCAGUUAUUAUUUGACCUUGUAAGGAAUAUUGUUGUUCAUAUUUGACAUGGUGUGGAUUACUGUGUUUCAUUUCACAUGAGCUAGAAAUUGAGUGACAAAAAAAUAAUAUUGUUAACAAAAUGUAUAAAAAUUCAGUGGCAUCCAUCAAUGAUUCUUAUAUAUUUUCAUGGCGGUUGUCUCAAACAUAAAGGAAAAGAUGUAAUUCGAAAUGAGCUGGUUCGACACAUCCGGUAUUGCCAAUUUGGCAAAAUCGGCUCUCAAGGAGGCCCAAAAAACAAUAGACAAAGCACUGGAUAUAAAGGAGGAUGAAAACCGAUCGAGUCAGACACCGAAAGACGAAUCAUCGAAUAAUUUUUUUGCAACAUGGGGGAUAAAAAGCAUAGAUGGAGAAAGCGACGAUUUAGGAACGGGAGAAUGUGCACCAGGGACAUCGAAAGAGCAACAUGACAUGCCUGGGAUAUGGGGUAGUUUCACAGGAUCGUUUUUUGACAACCCUCAAAGUGCAGCUGAUAAUGUCCAGACAACCGACGAUCCGGCACAAUCUUUAAUGAAAAAGAUCAAUGAACGAAUGUCGUCGACCAAAGAGAAUAAUGCGCAGGAGGACCUCAUCACUUUGGCUGAACCCGAAGAAGAAAAAAUACCAAAAACGUGCCCUGUAGAUGAAACUGUUAGAAUAAAAUCUCGUCGUAAGGUUGGAUCGGGCACAAAUUAUCUGAGGAAGCAAAGGUCCGAUCAGAGGGAAGAUCCGAGUACCAGGGUGACUAUUGAACAUCGACGAUACAGCGCGAGUGAGGUAGAGGGGAAGGAAGAGAAAGAGAAAUCAGAUGAACAAUUGUCCCUGGUGGAUACUAGAAUCGAGAAUGAAGAGUACCUCGAUAUUCCACUUCACGGUGAUCCUCUCGGUGGCUUCAAUAGCCGUAGGAAUACCGUGGACGGUCGAGACUCGAGAACAUGCCCAUUGGUCAACCGUGCUUCGAUCGUUUCGUCGGGGAGCGACAAAAAAAGCUCCGAAAGCGUGGAAAUUCUAGACUCGCGAUCAAACACUAACACAUCGACCCCUGAUUCGGAAAUAACAUCGCCGAGUAUAUCAACCAAUCCGACGCAACACGAUACUAAAAGAAAUUCUGAUUCGGUCGAGAUAUUACCCGAUAGCUUAGUAACGUCACCGAGCUCGGUGGAAAUACUGGGUGAUUCGAAGAGCGAGAACGAUGACGAUAGCCCGUUGUUUCUGUCGACGAUUGAUCGCUCAAUCGAUUGUACGGGAAUUCCGAAAGAAUCGGUAGUGAGCAAGUUCGGUGAUUCUUCGUCCGACGUUUCACCCUAUAUAUCUCCUAUCGAAGAAGAACCGAAAAAGCCAAGCAUAACGUUAAUCGACCGAAGUCACUUGGAACCUGAGAGCAAAACGUUGGUUACCGGUAAUUUAUUGAACAUCAAGAAUUUGAUCGGCUGUGAAAUGGAGAAAGAAUCGCCGGAAAGCGUCGAAGUCAUACCGGACGUUGACGAACUCGACGAAGUCAGCCAGGCCGAAGAUUCAUACACAUCCGCAUCAGAAACCACCGUCAUGACUAUUAUGGAUGCAACGAUGCUGCAGCAAUUCGAUCCGACGAAUAAAUCUAGGCAUGACUUUGGCGAUAAAAGAAUGCACGAUUCGUGUCCCGAUAGCGGUAAAUACCUUCCUGGAGCAAUCUCGGGAGGAAAUCAAAUAUUGAACACGAGCCUUGAUUCUUCGAGGGAAAAGCACAAUCUGCACCUUCCCCUCGAACCUAUAACAACUCAGCCCAUACGCAAGGGUGAACCGAUUGUCGAAAUAAUCAAUAAAGCCCUCGAUUCCACCACGAUCACCAAGGAUCAGAUCAAAGACACGGGCACUGAGCCACCUGAAAUAAACCCUUCUAGUGAGCCAACCAAAACGAAAUCGCAAAUUGAACACAUCGCUGAUUGCCCCGAGCAAUAUUUGAUGCUCACCGACUCAAGCUGCGAGGGGACACUCAUCGAAAGUAGCUCCGAAGAUAAUGCUAUUGUCAAAGCCAACGAGCCCAAAAUAAUUGAUGCAACUCUGACCUCUAGCUCGUACGUCAAAAAUAUGCUCGCUGAUGCGAUGGUUGAAAAAGGAGAAAUACAAUCGGACUCCGCUGAACGUCAACGGAUCGAUGUACCUGCUCGAGAAAAUUCACCCAUAUCCUCGGAAAGUCGUUCGGAUUUGGUGAAAAUUGGUUCGGAUCAGACGAGUGGUCAUACUAGUGGCGACGAACUCGAAACAACGACAUCGAGCGACAUUGAAAUCAUAUCCAGCCCCAAUGGAGAUUCGAGUUCCACGCAAUCUCGUCAGAGUCCGGCGAAUUUACACUCGACGAAAGGCACAGAAUUAUUGCAGAGAACACUGAAAACCCGAGGACACUCGCGGGAGCUGAGUGAAAUAAGCGUAGGCUCGGACGAUGGAAAUUUCGAAGUAGAAAAACUUUUGAGAAGAACCCAAGAAAUGACGGAAAUUCUUCAAGUCCGGGAAUCCAAACUAAUCGAUGUUAGUCGCAUGAACAUGGAACUGCACGAGCAAAAUAUCCAUUUGAAAAAGCAGUUGGAUUCGAUAGAGAUGCGUGCUGAGCAAACUCAAGAACUGAAUCGUAUAACGGAAGAUUAUACCCAGCGUUUGUCCGCUUUGGAGAAAAAAUUUCAACAAGCUAUUUCAGAACGGGACAGUUUGAGAGAUCAAUUGGACGUGAUGCGACAAGAGGCAUCGGCUAGACUCUCGUCUCGCGAAUUGUUAUCGAUAACAGCGGAAAAGGAUGAUAUUAUAAAAGAACUUCGUGAAGAGGGGGAGAAACUGAGUAAACAGCAGUUGCAACACAGUAACAUAAUUAAGAAAUUGCGCGCCAAAGAGAAGGAAAAUGAAACUUUACUUAAAAGUCAAAAGGAACAACUAGAAGAGCAAAGUUCUGAGCUUGAGAGACUGAAACGUUCGUUAUACGCUAAGGAAGAAAUUGAACGAACCCAGAUCGAAGCGGUUCAUACGCUUACAGCGAGAAUAAAAAAACAGGAAACCGACAUUCUUAGCUUGCAAGAAAAACUGGACAAUGCGCUAAACAAAAUGGAUGCGUACAAAACCAGUCUUGAUGCCACUAAAAUUGAUUCGGCCAAUGUUAAAGCGAAACUGACUUCUGCAGAAGAGGAAUUGAAACGAGCGUUGGAAAAUGCUGGAGAAUCUUGUCAGCUUGCGGCUCAAGUUGAAGACCUCAAGCAUAAAUUACGACAAUCCGAAGAGGCUCACGUGAAGAGCGUGACAAAUCUGAAACGAGAUAACAACGAAUUGUUGAAGCGUUUAGAAAUUUCUGAAGCAAGAAACGAAGAGCUUUCGGAGUCUGUGACUCUCGUUACGAAACCACUAUUACGUCAGUUGGAGCAACUUCAAUCAAGCUUUGCUCUCAAAGCGAGUAAUUUUUCAAAACAGGAAAAAUUAAUGUCAGAAAAGAUCGACGAGUUGCAAUCGAAGCUCGAGAGUCUGGUUACCACUGAUCGUUCCCUGGUCGAGGAAAAUGUAUGCUUGAAGAAAAAACUAUCCUCACUAGAGGCUCAGAUAAAACGAAAAGACACCGAGAAAAAUGAUGUGGAAGAAACAUUGAAAAAAUUACGACUGCAGUUCAGAGAACUCGAGCAGGAAAACUCGUGCAACCGUGCUACUAUAGAAAAACUUGAAGAGUCUCACGAGGAGGAAAAGAGGGAUCUUAAGCGGGAGAUACAAUCGCUAACCGAUAAAUUGUCGAUGGAAAAAGCUGCUACGAAUGCGGAAAAGAGGAAGAAUAACGCAUUUGUAUUGGAACAACAGCAGAGCAUCGAUCAAGAAUCACGUCUGAGCCCUACGUUGAGUAUUGGAAGAGACUCGAUUGGCAGUACGAGUAGUGUUUGGCCGGCUUUCAAUGAGUCUCUGUUCGAGAGUGGUUCGGGACGAUUUCCAAGUGUUUACGAGAGUUUACGCACCGGUGGCAACAGCACUUCGAUAAUCGAGAACUUGCAAGCUCAAGUUAAACAACGAGAUGGGGAGAUUCAACAGCUUCAGUGGGAAAUUUCGAGGCGAAACAACGAGCGGGAUAUCUUAAAUAUGGAAUUGUCAUCGCUAACUUUUAAAAUUGAAGAACUUACAAGCAAAGUGGCACAAGUGGAGGCGUUGAACGAGAGCCUGAAUGAGAUACAAACGAGAUACGACGCUUUGUUACAAAUGUAUGGUGAAAAAAUUGAAGAAACGCAGGAGCUCCGAUUGGAUUUGGAGGACGUCAAGGCGAUGUAUAAAAGUCAAAUUGAUCAACUUCUCAAACGUGAGACGUAGAUUGUGAAUUAUCAAAACAAAGCAACAUGAGGUAUUUCACGAGGUUGAGCAUCAUAUUGUAAAUAUUUUUCCGUCAUUUCCAUAUUUCGGAAGUUCGAACCAAGGUGGUAAGAAAAAAACUCGAUGGCCAAAUUCAAUUUUGCUAUGCUCCUACAUUUCUAUAACAGUAAAUUAUUAUAAUAGCAAAUAUGAUAACAGUCAUUGAAAUUUUUGGGAUCUGACAGAAUUGGAUGCACAUUGGGUACACACGGACAACUAAACACAGAUGUUACUCAUAGACGUAACAAAUACACGCAUCGUUGUACCCUUUUGACGCCAUUUUCAGUUAGCCCACGCCUCUAUGUCAGAUCCCAAUAGUUGCAAAUAUUAAGUCUGUGUUCUUUUAUACUGACUCAUUUUUUGCAAGCAUUGCAUUGAAAAAAUGUCUUUUAACAAAUAUGACAUGUACGGAUAAACGAAUUUGGUAUAAUUGUCUUGUCGCCGGGAUUGAUGAUAAGUGGAACCAAUUAUUUAUAUAUGGAAAUGAGAAAAGUUUUGUGAGAAAAUAUCGUUGAUAAAAUAAUGAAUAUUGUAUAAAAAUGAUAAACAAUUUUUCUUUUUCUAUAUAUCAAGAAUAUUUGGUUACGAGUAUUUUGCGCGUAAAGAAUUUUUAGUCAAAAAUUGCAUCUUGUACAAAGAGAAAGGAUAUAGAAAUCGCGCAUUUAUAAGCGUUUUAGAGAAUGAAUAACGUUAUCGUCAUAGAUUAUAUAUAUAUAUUUCUCAUAGUCAUUUUUUUCUGAUUUCAUAACUUCGUUUAUAAAAUUUGUAAAUAUUCUUGUAAUAUAUUAUUCCUAUUAUCUGGACGGUCCAUAGAAUCGUUCCGCCAGAUUAAUCUGAACUUUAUAGGUUUACAGGAUUAAAAGAAUUGUGAAGCAAGUGGAUAAAGAUGGUGGGUAAACAGAAAUGUUGAAAAAUAAAAAUCUUCAAACUCUCAA